CCUAACACUAACAUCCGGUGUAUUCCGAGAGUCGGAAACGGAAACCGCUGCUUGAUCGAUUAAUCGGCACACGGCGCAACAUGAAGAUCGCUCUGCUGCUACUGGCCGUCGCGGCCUUCGCCUCAGCUCAAAGGAUCACAACGAUCCAGCUAGACGGCGUGCAAUACUUCGUCUCAAGGAUGAACCCGUACAGCCCCGAAUUGAACUACUUCCUCGCCUAUCAGUACUGUCGUUCCCUCGGUCUUCAGCUGGCCUCUUUCGAGACGAAAGAAAAAGCGGACACGAUGACGCAGUACUUGAAGAACGCCGGCUACGUGAAGUACGAUUUCUGGACAUCGGGCAACAAGCUCGGCACCGACAUGUUCCUCUGGAUGAGCACGGGUCUUCCGUUCAACGCAACCUUCGACUACAUGUUGAGGCGACCCGGCAACAGACCCGCCGACGUUCCACCUGGCACCGAACCUCAACGAGUAGCGCGCGAAAGCGGCGACAGCGGCAGCGCGGACGGAUGCGUCGCGAUGGUCGCGCCCACGUUAGCAUGGGAGGCGCAGGACUGCACCUUGGUUAAGGACUUCAUUUGCGAGCAGACAAGAUGCUACUACUACAACUACGGCAGCAUUCCAGUCUCUGCGACUCAGGGAAAUCGCAGACCCUACAUAACAACCACCACGACGCCAGCCAGCGACGACCAGGUCGACGACUACGAGGAUAGUAUCGCGAACACGAACGAGAAGCACCCGGACUACAUCGAAGAGAACGGAACGCCGGUGGAAGAGAAAGAGGAUGAGGACAAGAGCUCCGUCGUAGACGAGAAGUUACCUGAGGACCCGGUCGUCAGCAGGCUGAUCACCACGGCCGUUCCCGCGUCUGACAAUCAUCAGCCGCAAUCGAUCAAAUCGUCGACGUCCGCGCCGAUAGUCACCGAGGGCCACGAAGAGCCGACGAAUCCUGAACUGGACAACACAAGACCCGAUCAUCUUCCUGACAUCGCGAGCCUGUUCACCGACAGCCCAGCCGCCGCCCCACAGGCGCGAAAGGAGAACGUGUUCGAGGGUCUACAAACACGGGAGAUUCAUCGUUCGUCCCUUCGUUCGUCAUCGGACAUGAAGGUCGAGCAUCGAGAUUCGCCAGACUACUUCGAGAUCCAACAAUCGGAGACCGAGUCGCCGAACAACGGUCUCGAGGACGCGCACACGGUUGGCCCGUACGACAGCAUGCAGGAUUACACCCAGAACGAUCAACCGGACGCGUCGGCCGCGGAGCCGUCGAUGAUGAAGGAUCUGGACGACGACAGCAGCACGAUACUGCCAGAAGCGGAACCGGCCUACAGGUACAACAUUAAAGUGCGCAGCAACGGCAAAGUAUUAGAUCCUCCGUCCAAGUAAAAAAAGAAAAAAAAAAAAACGCUUCACCGCAUUUAGGCAUCGUCACGCGUUAUUCGUUGAUAAGUGAAGAGAAAAAAUACGAAACCACGGGGAGAGAAUCCCGAGAAUCGAACUAGAUUUUCUAUUACG